GUCAGAAUACAGGUCUGAAACCAAAACACGCGUUAUCACGUGUUACAGAAAGUGGGAACGCGUGCACUGCGUGACUGCAGGUGGAGGAUGGAGGAAGAGUGGGAUGAAGAGGAGCAGCUGGUUGUGGCCGAAUUCUCCGGAGUAAUCGACUCGGAUGUGUUCUGUAAGCGCGAUGGUGUGUGUAAAAUAGUGGGCAUGAGCAGUGAGCAGCCCGUGGUGCAGGUGGGCCGCUAUGUGUUCGCCGGGGAAUACGAGGACGCCAUGGGGACCUGCGUGAUCUUUAAAGAGCAGUCAAAGGAUCAGACAAACUCCAGCUCCAGCCCUGUGCUCAAAUACAAGUGUCACACCACGAAGAAACUGAUGCUCCAGAGGACCUUCCUGUCCGAGAGGAAGGAGGGAGAUCCGAGUUCAGGAGGCAUCGAGGUCCUGUCUCUGAACGAGGGGGAUGUGUGUGGAAGAUCCAACUCGGUGUGUCACUACACCCUGGACCCCAAAGAGCUCCAGAGAACAAAUGCUGGAGAAGACAUCAGUGACCAGUCAGACACUGAGAAAACACACAUAAAUGAGGAGCCCAGCGAAAACCUUGCAGAGUAACUCUGGACCUGAACUGGGCUGGAGAACAAAUCUCAUUCCAGUGUCAGGGACAACAUACGAUCGUGAUACAUUAAUAUAUUAGGAAGCAAUAACUAAUAUUUUGUACUAGAAUGCAUGAUGCAGACAAGAUGUGGGAUGUUUUAUCUCAGUGGUUAAGGUGUUGGAUUACUGACCGGAAGGUCAUGGGUUCGAGUCCCAGGUCCACCAAGCUGCCACUGCUGGGCCCCUGAGACUCAAUUGCUCAGUCGUAUAAAUUGAAGUCACUCUGGAUAAAGGUGUCUGCUAAAUACCAGAAAUGUAAAUGUAGAUACUGCUAAAGUCUGGAAUAUGCAAAUUAUACCAAUAAUAAACACUCAUUUAUUAUUGACUAAAGCAGCUUCCAGAGUAGAUUUUGGUAAAUGUUUUAUAUGAACGGAGCAUUAAUGUGAUCCAAAGAAAACGUGUUUUGUCAUUGUAGUUCAUUACUAGACUUUAUUCCACUAGAAGGGAGAAAGACUGUCCACAUACUGUACAGAAUAAAUAAAAAGAAUCUUCUGUACACAA